UGUAAAUCAUUAUCCUUUUUCAAACAGCAGAGGUAUAAAAAGCAACCCUAGAAAACGUAUAAACAAAGCUUAGAGAGCCGGUGCGUGACAAUGGCGGAAACUAUGGCGAGCCUAUCUCCCGAAUUGGAAUUCGAUCCUCUAUCUCCCUACUAUGUCGAUCCAGAUUUUCCAGACAAUGAACCCGACGAGGACCUCCCUGUGGAUAAACUCAGCGUAGCCGAGGACAACUACUUCAUCUGGAAGAACCAGUUUCUCAACUUCCUUGCAAUCAAAAACAAAACCGCCUUCGUGGACGGCACCAUCGUGAUACCGGGACCUUCCUCUCUGCUAUACGGAGCAUGGAAAGCGUGCAACUCGAGGGUUAGGUAUUGGAUGAGGAGUUGCGUGAACGAGAAGGAAAAGGAGUUUAAACAACUUUCACGUGUGAGUGUGGAGGACCCGGUUCAGAAACGUUGGACGAACUCCGAGAGAUGUUCGUCCCGAGCGUGGAGUUUAAGAUGGUGACUCGGUCCCGAACUAUUUCCAGAAGGUGAGGAGCGCUUGGAUGGAGCUUCGGGAGUAUGAGCCCUUGCCGGAGUGUGCGUAUGGUGGUUGCCGGUGCGAGAUUAAGAAACGAGCAGAAGAGGCGAGAGAGAAGGA